GUGUCAGUGAUGGAAGGAGAUUCAGUCACUCUAUUCACUGAUGUUAAAACAAACCAACAAGAAAAGAUUAAAUGGUAUUUUAAUGAUAUUCGACUUGUUGAAAUCACUGGAGAUCAGAGUAAGAUCUGUACAGAUGUUCAGUGUAAAGAGAGAUUCAGAGACAGACUGAAGCUGGAUCAUCAGACUGGAUCUCUGACCAUCACAAACUUCACAAACACAGACUCUGGUGAUUAUCAUUUGGAGAUCAUCAACAGUGGCAGGGACAGUGACAAGAUCUUCAAUGUUAUGGUUCAUGGUGUCUCUGCUGCGGAACGAGAUAAAAUGAAGAGAAAGUCAGUGACGGAGGGAGAAUCUGUAACUUUAGAUUCUGGAGUAAUAAAAAACAUUAAUGAUGUCAUGACAUGGCACUUUAAUGACACUCUCAUUGAUAAAAUCACUGGAGAUCCCAUUAAAACACGUGUAGAUGUUCAGUGUAAUGAAGGUACUGAGAGAUUCAGAGACAGACUGGUGCUGGAUCCUCAGACUGGAUCUCUGACCAUCAUGAACACCAGAACCACAGACUCUGGAGUUUAUAGUCUACAGAUCAACAGCAGCAGCAGCAGUAUUAGCAGAAUAUUGACUGUAUUAACUGUCACUGAUUCAAGUCUGUCUACAGGUGCUGUAGCAGGAAUAUGUGUUGGUGUUCUGCUGAUAGUGGCUGCAGCUGCUGUUGGUGUGAUUUACUAUCGCAAGCAUCAUCAAGGAGGACAAAAUAGUGAGAAAAUGGUGUAACAUACCCAUUCAUUAAUCAUAUGGACAGGCUAUCAGUGACUACUGUUAAUGGGAUGUCCCAUAAUGGAAAUGAAAGCACCGCUGUUAGUGAGACAUAAACUUGGCAUUCAUUAUUUUGGUUCUUUGAUUGAACACCAGACGGCAAGUCCAGGAAAGAAGAGGUUCAGGUGAAACCCUUUUCUUCAAUACCUGUCAAACCACAACGUGACACAAAGUUCAACUGCUAUUAAGCUCUCGAAAAUGUUAAAGCACAAUUUACUUUACAAUUUACUUUACAAUUUACUUGACAUUCCUGGUUGGUGCCAGGAAUGGCACCAUACAUCAUUCCACCAUUCCUGGCUGGUGGAAUGAUCUUCCCACCCCUAUCCGGAAUGCUGGA